AUGAGCCACCCAACACACCCAGCGACAGUGCACUUCCCCAUCACCACCACCUUCCUCACAGGUGCUCUGGAUGCCGUCUACUUCCUCUCCAAGUAUGCGCCAACUGCCGGCGCCGUAGCCUCAACCUUCAAAACCUUCGACAUCGCCAUAAACCCCUCCAUCUUCCCCCUCCUCUCCUACUACACCACGCUCCUCACACUCCUCUUCUCCGCCCCGGCGGUCGCAACCGGCAUGUACGAGUUCAUGCCGCUAGUCAAGCGCGACGGCUUGAAGUCGAAGAAGGCCCAGGUGGGCGCGCUUCACGCUGUCAUCAACGACGUGACGGUUUUAGGUGCGGCUUUCAACUGGUGGACACGGAGGAGCAACCCCGGCAUGGUGCCGAGCGAUACCAACAUCUUGAUCAGCAGUGUCAUUGCGUUGCCGGCGACGAUGUUCGCGGCGUACCUGGGUGGCAGUCUGGUCUAUGUGUAUGGCAUGGGCUUUAGGGGCGGUCAGGCGAAGGCGAAAAAGGCGCAGUAA